AAAACACGAUCUUCAAUUUUGUCGGUGUUACAAAAACUGAUUUGGUUACAAGUUAGAACAGAGCAAGAAACCUCUGUUGCUCAUAAAUCAAUGUCUUGAUUUUCCUUUUUGUCCGAGAUUUUUCGAUACAAUUCCGACAUCUUCCCAUUCCAUGGCAUGCAUCUCUCUACUCUUUCAAGACUUCUUGAUGUAGGCGCAAGGUCGGCUCUUUAAUCGUACUGCCAACAAAAACCUUUUCAGAUUCGAGUCUUUUUUUGUAAUUAGCUCAAGGUGUUUGAUAAAAAGUGGCAACUAUUUAGCUUUAAAUUUCUUGCUAUCCGUAUGAAUUAUGCAUAUUUUUGCUGAAAAAUGUGCUAUUUUUGCUUACUUGUAAGUUCUAGUUCCAAUGAAUUAUGCAUAUCCUCAUUUUCAAUUUAGCUGAAAUAAAGAUGUGUUUUUUUUAUUAUUACAGUAGAGUAGUAGUAGUGUUGUGGUGUUAAAGUAUGGAGAAGGAGGGAGAGAGGGAGAAAGCAAAUGCUAAUUCACCAGAUACAGUUCUUGAGGAUUUCUUGAGAUGUGCAGAAUCUCAAACUGAUUCCUCCAGAGCAAGCACCUCGGAAUCCCUCGAUCCUAAGCCAGCCUCCCGACUACCCGGAUUCCUCCAGCUGUUUGGAUUCAAAUCCAAACGGCAGCUGCAGCCCCUCAACGCGCUUAAAUUGUCGAAAAUCUUCAGCAGUAGCUUGACUCAAGUUAGUAGCGAGCCAAACGCCUUUCUUGAUCCGAACUUAAACUAUUUUAAGCCUCAAUGGAAGAGCUUUAGCUUGUUUGAACUCCAGACUGCCACCAGCAACUUUUGUCAAGGUUAUCUGAUUGGAAAGGGCGGUUAUGCUGAGGUGUAUAGAGGGCGUUUGCGUGGGGGGCAGCUCGUUGCCAUCAAACGCUUGACAAAGGGUGGUAUGGAAGAAAGAAUCGCAGAUUUUCUCACUGAACUCGGGAUAAUGGGGCAUGUGAAUCAUCCCAAUACUGCUAAAUUGAUCGGUUAUGGCGUUGAAGGUGGAGUCUACCUUGUUCUCGAGUUAUCUCCCCUUGGAAGCUUGGCUUCUAUGCUUCACACAGAUCCUCGGGAGAAGGUAGAGUGGAGUACUCGUUACAAGGUGGCGUUGGGAACGGCUAAGGGGUUGUUGUACCUCCACGAGGGCUGCCAGAGGCGGAUCAUUCACCGUGAUAUUAAGCCUGCAAACAUAUUGCUUACAGAGGACUUUGAACCUCAGAUAUGCGAUUUUGGGCUUGCGAAGUGGCUGCCAGACCGAUGGACUCAUCUCACCAUUUCAAAAUGUGAAGGCACUUUCGGCUAUCUAGCUCCCGAGUUUCUAAUGCAUGGAAUAGUGGACGAGAAAACUGACGUAUUCGCCUUUGGCGUGCUGCUGUUGGAACUCAUCACCGGGCGUCGCGCCCUUGACUAUUCGCAGCAAAGCCUUGUUAUUUGGGCCAAGCCUCUGCUGAAGGAGAACAAAAUACACGAGCUCGUCGAUCCAUCACUUGCAGAAAACUACAAUGCAAUGCAGAUGAAUCUCAUGAUCCUGGCAGCUUCAUUAUGUGUCCAGCAAUCCUCGAUCAAACGCCCACGCAUGAGCCAGAUUCUGCUGCUUCUGAGAGGGAGCUGCGGUAGCCUAGACUUGAUUAGGAAAUGCAAGAAGCUGUCAAGCUGGAAGAAGUAUUACAAGGACCUCUUCAGCGCGGACAAGUACAGCUUCUCGAGAGGCCUAACCACGCGAGCACGGUCAGCCAUCGAAGCCUAAACCGGUACACAACAAUUUUGUUCAAAAGGCUGCAUUUUGUGGAUUAGAUGUGUAAAGAUUUAUAGGAUCAAAUUAGUAAAUAGACUAGUACUGGGAAAUUGCAGCUACAAAGGGAGAUAACAAAGUAAUUUGUAAAUUGUAUUUGUACAUAUGAUUUUAUUUGUGUUAUAGUAGUAUUUUUAUGUUGGAUUCGAAGAUUCAUAAUCAUGGCCCAUGGGCGUAUAUUGAGAUCCAUAUAAAGAAAUAGCGACUUUCCAAUGAAAGAAUAUCGAGAUUCUCUGUAUUUAUAGAUAAAUAUUCAAUUUUUUGUA